AUGCGGUUCCUUCAAACAUGUGCGGCGCUUGGGCUGCUGGCUUCAGCAGCGGAUGCAACCCUCCAGAUCAUCCCAGGUGCAACAUGGACUGCGACUAAUACCGGGAAGCAUAUUCAAGCACAUGGCGGUGGCAUAAUCAAGGUUGAUAACACCUACUACUGGGUCGGCGAGGACAAGACCGAUGGAUCCGCCUUUCAAAACGUCAACUGCUACUCAUCCACUAACCUUGUUGAGUGGAAAUACGAAGGUGCGAUACUUACCCGGCAAGGAUCCGGCGAUCUUGGACCAAGUCGUGUAAUCGAACGACCAAAAGUCAUCUACAACAAGAGCACAAAACAGUAUGUGGCGUGGAUGCAUAUUGAUAGCUCAAACUAUGGAGAAGCGAAAGCCGGUGUCGCGACAGGAAGCUCAGUCUGCGGCACGUAUUCAUACAAGGGUAGCGUCAAGCCGCUAGGCUUUGAAAGCCGAGAUAUGGGCUUGUUCGUCGAUGAUGAUGAGAAGGCUUAUUUGCUUACUGAGGACCGCAAAAACGGUCUCCGCAUUGACCUCCUCUCCGACGAUUACCUCACCGUUAAGUCCAACACCUACUUGUGGAAAGACUCCAUCGAAGCCCCCGCUAUGCUCAAGAAAAACGGUGUCUACUUCAUGUUCGGCUCCAAACUCACCGGCUGGGAUCCCAACGACAACGUCUACAGCACCGCUUCGAAGAUCUCCGGGCCCUGGUCCUCAUGGAAGAGUUUUGCAGACUCUGGCUCUAAGACGUACACAAGCCAGACGAACUACAUCUUGCCUAUGGGCGAUGAUGCCAUUUACAUGGGUGAUCGAUGGGUCAGCUCGAAUCUCAUGCGGAGUACAUACGUGUGGCUGCCGCUGCAGAUCUCGGGCACUACAGCGAGUAUGAAGAAUGCUGUGAACUGGGUCCCAAACGCCUCCUCCGGGUCUAUGACAUCUGGGCCUUCAGAAAAUUCCUAUGAAGGCGAGUCUGCAGAGCUCAGUGGGGGCGCAAAGACAGUAUCGUGUUCGACAUGCUCUGGCAAAAAUGCAGCCGGCUAUAUUGGAGGGUCUGAGACUGGGACGGCAUAUUUUGCGAGUGUGAGUAGUUCCGCUACUACUAGAAGCACGAUCCGGAUAAAGUAUAGGAAUGGUGAUAAGAGUCAGCGGUUUGCGGAUGUUAGUGUGAAUGGGGGUGCAGCACAGAGAGUGGCGUUCUUGCCGGAUAGUGGGAACGAUCCUGACAGUAGUAGUUUUCAUGCGGAUUUGAAGAGUGGGACGAAUACUGUGAAGGUUAGUAUGGCUGGGAGUUGGGGCCCGGAUAUCGACCGGUUAAUGGUGCCUAGUUCGUAA